AUGUCGGAAAACAUGACGAGGACGACGACGACGACGACAGAAACCCAACCGCACAACGGUGGGAGAAUAACAUAUUUCCACGGACAAGGAUCGUUAGACGAACUGGACGAAGAAACGCUGCUGAAACAGUCGCCGUUUCCAAUUAAACCGGAUGAUUUAAUCGCGUUAACGAAACGCGUACUCAACGACAACCUGUUGUGCCCUGAAGCGCACUUAAAAUGCGGGCCUGCACUGUCGGAAGAUUUUCAAUACUGGUCGUUCGCCGUCGGCCCAAUCAAUAAGAAGAGCUUUAUUGAGUAUUUGAAAAUGAAUUUGACCGAUGCGUUUCCGGAUCGGAAAAUGAAUACGUUUGGGUAUCGAGUCGAUCCGAUGGAAUUUAACCGCGUGUGGUUCAACGCGAGAUGGCAAGGCACGCACACGGGGAUGUUGAUGAACAAAAUUAAGCCCACGUAUAAGCAAUUAGACUUACCACCACAAAUCGUUUCAUUAACGUUCACCGAGGAAGGAAAGGUUUCGAAAUACACGCAGUUCGUGGCGGAUAGAUCGUGCGGGAAUACGCACGGAUACAGCGGUGUAAUGGGCAUCUUUCGAGCGUUGGGAGAGAACGUCCCUUUCCCCGGCGUCGUCGAGAAUUACUUGAGAAAAGACAGUCACAGGCGAAGUGAGCCAGGUGUGUAUUUCAAACUGAGAGCGUGGUUUUGGCAGAGGAAAGUCACGAGACGGACCAAUCGUAGGAGCGAAAAGGACACCCGUAACGAGCGAUGA